GUCACUGAUCACCAGUGCCCUGAUGAUCGGUGCCCAGCAGUGCCACACACAAGUUCCGCCCACCUGUGCCCAGCAGUGUGCCCACCUGUGCCCAGCAAUGCACCCACCUGUGCCCACCAAUGCACCCACCUGUGCCCAGCAGUGCGCCCACCUGUGCCCAGCAGUGCGCCCACCUGUGUCACCCAGCAGUGUCACCACCUGUGCCCAGAAGUGCCACCUACCUGUGCCCAGUAGUGCCACCCACCUGUGCCCACCAGUGCACCCACCAGUGCCCAUCAGUGCAGCCCAGCAGUGCCACCAGUCAUCAGUGCCACCUAUCAGUGCUGUCUAUCAGUACCCAUUAUCAGUGUCGCCUAUCAGUGCCACCAAUCAGUGCCGCAUAUCAGUGCCACCUAUCCGUGACACCUCA